UUACGGAACGGAAUUUUCCCCUCUCGACCUUUUCAGUUUUUUUUUUAUACGUGUAUAUUUUUUAUUUUUAAUAACGUUCCCCUAGUAGUAGUAGUCGUCGUCGGCGGGUAACGCGCGUGUGUCGACACACUGAGUUUAAUGUACGCGUCCGCUGAUAAUAACACACGCAUACACACAACAUCUAUCGUAUUGUCGUUACUCGUUGCCGCCGCCACCGCUACAGUCGUUCCUGAUGUCGUAGUGUUACUGCCGCUGUAUUGUUAUUGUUGUUAUUUUCGUCGUCAAUACAUAGACCACAAUUUUUUUUUUUUUUUUUUUUGUGCGUACGCGUUUAUGCAGUAGAGUGCAGUGCUAUGCGUGUAAUUAAUUUCUGUUCCAUACUUUUAAAUUGUGUACAUUUUUUCAACAAACAUAAAUUACAAUGUCGUGGGUAUUGUGUUUGCGGUGCGUUUCGUUACGAUACGCGCGUAUAUUGAACGCGACCGCCGCCGGUUAGUAGGGUACCCUUUGGCGGCUCUAAUAUUGAUUUUUACUGUGAGUAAUUUGAUUCACUUCCCGAUAAUACAGUGAAUUUUGUUGUUGUCCACCGUGGUCGUGGAGGAUGGUUGUGAUGAUAAGGAUUACCUAGUCGCAGGGUAUUAUUUGUUUAGACGCCGAAGUACUGAAUGACUUUUUAAGUUGAACUUAUUUGACCAUAUAAUUUGAAAAAUUAUGGACCGGCAAAAAAAUUUUAACGGGGUAAAAACUCUUUGUCUCUAUCUACUUCCACCCACGCCCACCGCCUCAUGUACUACAACAAUAUUAAUAUUAUUAUACCUCUACACAUUUAAUAACACAUAUGUCUGGAAACAAUGUGUGCCAGGAUGAGGCAGUGUAAACAAACGAAAGACGCAAAAUUAUGAAUAAAGGAAAUCGAUUCGGCGGGCGGCACGCAGCAAGGCAAGGCAGCGGUAGCAGUAAACAAACGAAAAAAAAAACAACAUCGAGUUAAAAAUUUUUCCGCCUGGAAACCAAAAUGAACGAAUGAACGUGCGCGCCUCCACUGUUUUCGACCGUAGCAAUAACGCUCGUCCAUCUUCGUCGACCCUCGAAAAAGUUUUUUAAGUACUUUUUUCAAUUUUUAAAUUAUAUUUGCCUAUGUUAUGGAGGAGAGCAGCCGUGCUUUAUUGGAAGUCAAAUGCCUGAAUUUAUUUAUAUUCAUUUAUGUUUUGCUGAUUAUUGGUCGAUAACAGGUUUAAUUAUUACACUAUAAUCAAAUAUCAAUGUAUGUUUUCAACAUUAAAAUCAAAAAUUAAAUCUUUAAGAAGAUUUUAUUUGGCUGAGCUGAUAGACUACCAGAGACGCUUGAUACUUACAGAGUAUUAUAAAUUUACUGGUCUACAUACAAAAGAAUGGUUGUCUCAUGAUGGAGAAGAAAUACCAGGGUUAUUUCCUCAUCUUCUAGAUCCAGGUGCUAUAACAAUACGAACAACACCUAGUAGUGGUUCUACUGGUAAACGUAUGAGAAAUUCAUCUAAUCGGUCUCCUGAUGAAGCCCGCUGGGUAUGUCCAACUUGUGGUAAACGAUAUAAGUAUAGUCGUGGAUUGGCAAUGCAUAGGCGGUUAGAGUGUGGAAAAGAACCUAUGUUUCAUUGUCCAUUUUGUCCUCAAAAAUGCCAUCAAAAAGGUAAUAUGGUUAUACACAUAAAAAAGAAACAUCCAACUCAAUAUGAAGAACAAUCACAGGCUGUUGUCCAAGCUCAUGUCAAAGCAGAACAAGUUCUUGUAAAAGCUGAACAAACACAAAGUGAAUGAAAACAUAGUUUUCUUUUCAGUAUUUUUUUCUUUGACUCAUGGUACUACUUAAUUAGAUAGAUUUUAAUUGGUUUUAUAUUUGUAUAUUAUAUUAUUAUAUAUAUUUUUAUAUAUAAAUGGACAUAAAAAAUUAGAUCAUGUCAUAUAGAUACCCUCACCAAAAUAAUUAAGUUAAAUAUGCUAUUGAUUUUUAUGUUAAAGAGUUUCCUAAGGUUAUAGUAAACUAUGUUAUAAGUUUAUAUAUAUAUAAACUUAAACUCAGUUUCUAUGACUUUCAAAUAUUUUGAAAUGAGCUUGUAAGUUAUUGUUAUGUUAAUUUAUAUAUAUGAGUAUAUACUUUUUUCACAAACAGUUUUUAUCUACCUCUUAUUUUAAGUCCAUAUCUUGCACAUUUCCUUUAAACUCUCAUAUAUUUUUUUUAAGGCUUUUACCGUUACCUAUUUGAUAUUUAGCUGUAAUUAAAAUUACUCCUCACCGUUUGCAAUAUCUGUGCAAUGCAUAUUAUAAUUUUAUUCUUAUGAUUUUUAAGAAAUUUGCUUGUAAAUAUGCAAUAAUUUUUUUGUUAAUUUUUUAAAUUAUUAUUUAUUAUUAUUUACAAGGUAUAAAAUUUGUAUGUUUAAGGUAUUUUUUUAUAGGAAAGUAUUAAAUGAAUUAAUAGUAUUAGUGAACCAAAAUAAUUAAAUUGAGUCCUCCAAGUGAUAAUUAUAAAUUUAUAGAACAAUCUGAGAUUUUAUUUUAAUCUCGUUCCCGUCCCUAUGCCCAAAACAUGGUUAUAUUUAACAAAAUUUUAUUUAUGUAUUAACUUUAAUUACUGUUGUGUAAUUAUUAAAUUUUUUAUUAUAAAAUUGUUGGUGAUUAAGUUUCUACUUAAAAAGAAAAAAUAAUAUUUAUUUGUAACAGUAUUAAGAAAUAAAUCAUGUUUAUUUUUUCUUGUAUUAUAUUAACAACCCAAAGUAUUAUGGAUUAGUUUAUUAAAUAAUUAUUUUAUUUUUACAAAAAAUUUAUUAACUUAAAAAAAAUAUAUUGGCCCAUAAAAGUGUGUAUUACUUUAUUGGUUUAAUUUAUAUAUAAUUGUACUUAAAAAUAAAAAAAAUUAUUGUUUUGACUAAAAUUCAAAUUUUACAUCUAAAAUUAUUUCGUUACAUUACUUAAUAUUUGUAAAUAUAUUUAUAAAUUGUUAUAUAAA